CUAGAAGGGAAUGAACUCUUCGCCCUGCCCAGGGCUUGAACCGCUGUUGCCUGCAGCUUCCCUGUCCGCCCAUAGCCAUGUCGCACUUCUUGUACUUAGCCCCGGAAAUCCAGCUUCCCUUUAGCCCGCUCACUUCUACAGAGUUCGAGCUGAUCAGACGCAAGGCCCGAGAACUGUGGCAGAAUGAGGCGCGAUGGUCUACUUCUUCAGUGACAACCUACUCAGGGAGUUACCGGGAAAAGCAACUGGAUGAGGCCGCCUUCCACCGGCUGGCCCAGAGAUUUGGCCAGCCUCACUUUGAAUACAAACCAGCACCAUUGCCAGGCGGCUCUGCCUACAACGCUCUACCCGGCCAGGCUGGUUCCCAGGAGGCUGCAGAUGGCAAAGGCGGACUCCCUGAUAUAACAAGCCCUUCCCAGGACAGCACGCUGAACAUCAAGCACAAAGUGGCACAUCAGAGUUGGAGUUCUGGAACCUCUCGUCCAACAUGUGUAGCUUAUAGACCACGCCACCUGUCCCCCAGUCCGAAGCCCAAAAGGCCAGGCUUUGAGCUCCUCAUGAGUUACAGGAACAGAGGGAGGAAACUACUGAAACAACUUCAGCGACAAUGGGAUUAUGAAUACAAGUUAUGCUCCUCAGAUGAUUCAGACACGGAUCGAUUCUCCUCCGGUACCAGUGGAAGCUCCAGGCGGAAAUUCAAGUAAUUUCGAGAAAGAAGCCACAAACCGAGGGCCCUAACUUCUGUGUUAACCCAUUGAGACAGGAGUUCCAAGGAGGCCUUGGUGUGGUAUGCACAUAGGGAACACCUUGCUUGAAACUUCCCUGGGCUUCAUCCCUCGUUGUUGUCUCUCUCUGCGCUGUGCAUGUGCGUGCACGUGUAUGUUGAUGGGGAGGGAGUUUGUCACAAACAUGAUUAAUGUUCCUUUACAAUAAGUGCCCAGGUUCCCAUUCUGCUGUAAGAACCUCACAAAUUACGGUGGGCUCCAGAGUUAUACAGCCUGUCCUUUACCUCAGAGAAAGACUUUUCUGUUUCUCCCUGAGCUAGGGCCCAGAAGAGAAAGCCGCCCUCAGCAGGCAGGGUUUCCCUCCACCCGGGGAAAACUGGCUUCGCUGGCUGCUCCUCCUCCCAUGGACCUGUGCCUCCUUCUUCCCACUGUGUCUGCCCCAGCGGGGUCCCCACGCGGCCCUGUGGUUGCCCUGCCGGAAAGCCGCCAAGGGACCUGGCAGAGAAGGAGCAAGCUACGCAAUAGUGCCCUUCUCCUACUGGCAGCCAUUCCUCUGCCACCCGGAGCUUCGGUGCCCCUGAUCCAGCCUGUACCCCAACCCAUGGCUCCCCUUGAACAGAGUACAAAAGUCGCACCCUAGUCCCCUAGCCGCCCCUUCCCCCAUAGUUAAGCCGACCCAGCACUUAACUAUGUUUUUCCGUUAGCUCCAGGUUGGGCUAAAUACAUUCGCUGGGAGCCAUCUGGUCUGCUUCCCGGGAACUCUUCAUGUGGUUUCCAUUAAACUCGCCAGAAUCAUGCAUUGAAAA